UUUCGGGUUUAGCAAGAGGUUUGCUGUAGGGAUGUGUGGCGACAGAUGGAGAGAAACAAUGUAGGAUAUGUUUAACAAAGGAAGUGAAUGAAAACAGAAUGAAAAAAAAGUGGAAGGACCAGUUUAAGCAACAAAGACAAAAACAGAGUGGGGGUUAUCACAGGCGAGGCUGGACACUACGGGGCAUUGCCACGGCGAAAGGCUAAAAAAGACACACUGUUCACACUGUAUGGAGGGGAACAAAACAGCAUAUUAACCCAGACAAAAGAAAAUGGCGAGAAGGAGAGAGAAAGAGUAAGGAAGAAGGAAGAUGGGGAACAGGUGAAGAGGGUGGGGCUAAGUAACUGGUGAAGGUGUGACCAAGACAAACAGAAAGAAAGAAAGCCACACUUCGGAUAUCCCAAGAGACAGAAACACAGUGAGAGAGAAAUAGCAAAAUGAGAAGCUGACAUUUACAAAAAAGAGAUACUUGACUGAGGGGAACUGCAACUAAGUGAUUAAAGGUGCACAUUUAUGUGAGGGAAAAGGGAAUGUGAUCAAAGAAACAGUUUCGGAUUACAGGUAUUACAGAUCUUUGAGAGGAUGUCUGUUUCCGAGGCAGAUUAUCAGUGUGAACCUGGAGACACUAUCUGUGAGAUCCGAGUGUACGAGCAGGAAGUGAUCGUGGUGCCCGUGCUGCUCCUGAUGAGUUUCCUGGUCACACUGGUCUUCCUGCUUUUGCUGCGGUUCUGCCCUGAGAAAGUGGACCGCGUGCGACCGCAGUCCGUUGCGUCAGUGGUCCGACCGCAGCGGUCCAGGAGAAACCUACAAGGCAUCGAUGCACCCCUGGGGUUGAACCCCUUAGAGCACGAGAGCAUCGCCCUGGACGUCCCCACCUACUCCACCUUCCCCACCUCUCAGAGUCAGAACCGUGCAUCCACCCAUACUUACACUUCCCCCCCUGAACUGCCCAGACAGAGGCUGCCCGAGUCUUUCAACGCGGUCUCUGCUCUCCCGCUCUCCUGCUGGACGAAACCGAAUGAGCCGGUCUCUCUGUACAGGGCACGGAUGGAGCACAGGGAUGUGAUUCUCAGAGUUCUCAAAGACGCGGCCAGUGCCAGCGAGCGGCAGUCCUUCCUGGGCUUCGCCUCCUUCCUGUCGCAGCUGGGGCCACACCCAUUCCUGCCUGACGUGAUGGGAAUCGUCUCCCUGCGCGCCCCUCUGGUCAUCGUUAUCGAAGAGCUGGAGAACAGGGACUUGUUGAGCUUUCUCUGGAGGUGCAGGCAGGACCAUGUGGGUAACGAAGCCCCAUGUGACCUGACGGAGAAGCAAAUUUUCAUCAUGGCGAAGCAGGUGGCAUCUGCUCUGGAGUACCUCCACAAAAAAGAUCUUCUCCAUGGCAACCUCGGGGCACGCAGUGUGCUUGUUAGCCGAGAGCUGACAGCAAAGCUCUGGGGACUGGGGGCUACAUAUGCGAAGAGCCAGGGUGCCCCCGUGAGGGAUGAUCUUAUCCAGAAAAAGUGGCAAGCCCCAGAGCUCUUGGCCCGGAGGGCCGCCACCGACAGCAGUGAUGUCUGGUCAUUUGGCAUCUUACUGUAUGAAAUGGUAACACUGGGGGAUGCCCCGUUUCCUGACAUCUCAGUCAACGAACUGCUGCAGUACCUCCAGCGAGGAAAGACAUUGAAGAGACCAGCCAACUGUUCCAACUCACUUUACUCCAUCAUCAAGGUUUGCUGCCAGUGGAAGGAACAGGAUCGUGCCACACUGGCCGAAGUGAUCCGCAAACUCCAAUCCGGAGAGAAAGGUGCCAAUGACAGAUCCGUGAUCCGGGUUCCUGAGCCAAUCAACAUGGAGAAAUAUAUGCAGGAGGCGGGGUAUUCGCAGUGUUACAACUACACUGUUUUCUGAAGCUCAUUCAGGAUCAGACUGGUGGGAGGCAGGAAAUUGAUGGGAAGAUGGUGGCACAGAAGUCAAGUAGACUUGAACAUAAUAUCAAUAAAGUGGCAAAUGUGGUCAUGACAGUUUACAUAUCUUUUACAAAUAUUUUGUAUUAUAAGAGUAAUAUAUGCCAAUUACUUAAUGAAGAAUGAUCAGUAACUCUUCACUGGCCUUUUAAUUUACGUAUUCUUUUCUUUUCUUUACAUUCUUUCUGAAACAUACACAGUGGUAUGUCAGUAUCUAAGUACCAUUUCUAGGUUUCUGUAAUACAGUUUUCCUGGUUUUUCGUGGUUACGUUGAGCCAGUUUUAACUGGUUGAACAAGUGUGCUGUGGUAUGUCACCAGGAUAGUUUCCAUGUCAUCUCGAGGUAUUUUAUGUGGACUGGUUUAAGUAAAACUAUGGCUACAGGAUUAUUUCACCAAAACCAGUGAAUCUUUUGACAGUGUAUGGUUUCAUACCGCAUUCACAAAGACAUACAGAUAUUCUCAGAAGUACUUCCUAAUGCAGUCUGUGAGGGCACUGAAUUACUAAGGGUUUUACUGUCUGGGGCAGCAGGAGAGAUAGCAAUCAUGAACUGGAGACGCACACAGACACACAAUUCAUGACAUACUGUCUGGCUGCACUUUUUUUUAUGGGUCUUAUACUUUUCUGUGAAAACAAGAACUUUCUGCUGUGAGUUUUUAUAGUUUUUUUCCCCACUUCAAAUGUGAAUGUAACAUUUGCCAAUUAAAAACCCCUUUUAUUCAAG